AUGAUGAAGAAAGUACUAGUUCUUUUUGCCCUGGCGGCCCUUGUGUCUUCAGCUCCUCAGCCAAGGAAGCUGUUCCAUGAGCAUGUCGAGGAUUUCGUGGACGUCAUCAUGCAGGAGUCCAACGAGGAAAUAGCGCAGCUGAUGGAACUUUACUCCGAAUUUGACGAAUUCUGGAAGGCAAUCGACUACAUGAAGACGAACAACUUCAAGGAGAUUAUUUACGAAAUGGAGUCUUUGCCUGAAUUUGUUGCUGUGAUAGACUUCUUGGAGAACGACAACAUUGAUGUGCAUUACUUCAUUGACAUGCUGAACGAAAUUAUUGAAAAUGUAGAACGGAACGCGCUAGCUCGUCAAUCUGCAAGCGGCCGUGAUCUCACAGCAUUCACCAGGGAUUGCAUCGCUGUGUUCCCUAAAGAGAAACUAGCAGCUCUCUUCGACCAGAAAAUGGCUGAAGAUGAUGAGUUCAAGACUGCCAUCCAGAACCUGGAAAGCGAGGAAUGGGCAGCUGUCUUCUCAGCACUAUGGGAAAGUGAAGUCUUCCAAGCUGAAGUUGCUGCUCUCUCCGAAAAUGGAAUCGAAAUCAGCGUCCUCUUUGAACAACUCCUGGCGAUUUUUGGACAGAACUAG